AUGGCGACAAGACAGCGCCUAACGUUGGCGUCGAUGUGGGCGUUUGAGGAUAUAGGAGUACAGGAGAUACAGAAUGAGUUCGGGUUAGUUGUGGUUUUUAUUGGUCCUAUUGGAUAUGCUGACAAUUCGUGCAGAAAAGCCAAUCCCGAUUUUAACUGCCUCUUGGAGUAUUCGAAACCAGAUGAAGUUCUUAUAAUGAAGGGAAACUUUGAAGGCUCCUCCGCGAAGCUCGUAUCGGUCAUGUCUGAUUUUGUCGAAGAGCAGAAAAACAAAGACCUCUUGGAUAUGCCGCGGAUCCGCCAAUUGGACGUCCCCUCGAUAUACGACGAAGACGACCAGGCUAAAGUUGAAUCUGAAAAGGACCGCAAAGAAGGUCUGUUGACAUUGGUCGACGACUCGAACGACGAACUGAUUCCUGUGUCCCUCAAUCGUUCCACUAAAUACUGGAUUUCGGAAAAUGGUGGUCCGGGUUGCCUUGCCAAUUUCCAGGAGGUUUUGGGUGAUAUUGCGGCGAUGACCGGCACGGAGAUUACGGCUAUAGAUGAUACCCUCGGAAUCCAGGUAACUGGUCAGCACCAGAUUGACGUUGAGGAUGCGUUAGGAAAGUUGACACGGAUUGAGAAGCCAUUGUCCCUCAUUGAAGCUCCCCGGGUGACCAACAUGAUUAUGGCGCAACACAAUGAGAACACUCGCGUUCGGAUUCAGAACUACAGCGAGAUAAAUUCCAUAGCCCUGCGUCGGAUUCUCACAGACCCUAAUCUGCCCUUGAAUGCCACUCUCAACCAGACUUUUGCUACGUUUCUUCUCUCGCUCGACCCCGAUACAUUAAAGUUCAAUCUACCGGAUAAUCUUCUCAAUCCUUGCAAAGUCUCUAACGAACCCGGCAAGUCGCGUAUCUGGAAUGACUUUACUUUCCAAGGAAUUGGAAAGGGAGAUGAGUUCAUCAACAUGGAGUCCAUCAUCGAGAAAGACACGGCUAAUCCACAGGCGGUGACUUCUGGAAUUGCUCCUCCCCAUCCAUUUCUAUCUGUUGAAAAAGCCACGCGGGUGAAUCAGUGGGUCGUCGAGAGAGCUGAGAUGGAGAAUGAGCCUGAACCAGAACCUGAGACUAACAUCGUACUACAGCCUGAACAGCUUGAAGGUCCUCGCGAGACACCAACUCUUGUCACCGGUGUCAAGAAAACCCCUGGUAUCCGAACGCGCAAGGCUGCUGGGACCGCUACACCUCAAGCAGCACCAGAGCCCACAGCUGAGAACACCAAAGCCUUGUCCACUGUUCCUGGGAAGAAGACCUCGACUCCUCGCAAGCGAUGGAAGAUGCAGUACGAGCCUACCGAUCGGGUAUCCUCACCUACCGAUCUUAUGUUCAAGGGCCCAGACUCCCCUCACGACUCUACUACGACGGCGCGGCCAGAGUCUCCCGAGGACAAGCUAACAAUGCCAACUUUCGACCCGACAAAGUAUGGCUUGCAAAGAUCCCCUCAGCACUCAGCCAAGAAUUCAUUUGGCAGUUCAAAUUCUCCACAGGGCUCACAAGCGAAUGUUGAGAUCUUACCCGUGGCGCCCAAGAAAAUGCCGGGAAAGCGUGAGGAGCUUGUCGAUGUUCUCACUCCUGUUGCUCCUGGAAAACCAACCUCGCACUCUAUGCUCUCGUUUGACCAACCUGCGCUAGUUCCACAAGUCGCAAAUCAUGCCGAUAAGACAGAAAUGCAGGACAUGCAGGUGCCCGAUAAGACUAAAGGCUCUACUCCCCCGGACUUGCUUGACCUUGACUUCGAAACCGAGAGCAAAGUUCUGGGGCCUAGCACUGCUACGGCAACCCUUCUGAGCCCGACUGGUUUGGUUAGUGGCGAGGAUCUAACUUUGCAGGAGAAGAGGCUCCGAGACUUGAAAUCAUCCCUUCGCGAGAAGAAGGACAUAUCUGGCUUUGACGACAAUGCUUCGACCGUCUCGAAUAUAUCACGUCCUCCCAAAGACCGGCGCGAAAUCAACAUGCGACUCGCCCGUCAGAGAAUCGCGGAACUCGAGAAAUCUGUCAAAACGGUGAAGAACACUAAUGACGAAGCGGACACCAGAGAGUUCCACCUCACCAUGAACCACAAAGCGGGCAAGCCAAGUGAGAAAGCGAAAAGCAAGGCCGAAGCCAAAGCUAAACGACAAGCCACUCUCGAGGAUGCUUGGGGGAUUCCUAAGCCAGCCAGAAAAGCGCCAGUUAAAACGCCCAAAACGCCAACCGACCUCAUCGUCAAACCCAGGACAGUAUUCUCUGGUGCUAAGAAGCAGGACCUGCAGGACUUGCGGCAGCAAGAGGCUGAAAUCAAGAGCGUUUUCGAAGCGUUGAGACCUGCCCUCGAAGCUGCUGAGUAUUUCAGCGGUCCGUUGACUUUGGAAGCACAAUUCGGCCUUGUUCUCAUACCUCUUCUACCCAAGUCAUACAACCAGGACUCGAUUACUGUGGACGAGUGGACGAGGAUCUUCCAGCCACGCAAUAGCCUUCCUGCGCCGACGACGAAGUUUAUCAAUCGACUUACCACGGCUGGCUCAGAUGUCGACCAUAUCAUUGAUCUGAAAACGUCAAAGGCUGAGGGUAAACGCCAUAUGUUCGAGCAGGACUACACUGAGUAUAAUGUUUCCUACGAGUUUCACUGUCGCACCACUGCAAAUCAGCCCUUUAUUAUAGCAAUUGACGAACAGGGUAAGCAUUCAAUUCGGAAGCCAACAAAGACGCUCGGUGCUGUCAACAUGCACUUUCCCGCUCAGAUCUGGGAUGCCAGCAUGGUCCUCUCUGGUGUUAUCGAGCAUGUUGCCGGUACCGAUCUGGAACUCGAAGAGGCUGUUCGGUAUCUUGUCGAUAAUCUCUGGGUGCAACCGGAAAAGUCUCUCAUCCGUAUCUUCAGCCGCUUUCCCAAGGGAAACAAGUUCGUCAUUGAGAAAGUAUUCAUGAAACGCUGGACUCGCCAUCGACACAUCCGUAACAGAGACGCUGCUGCUGCUGUUGACAAUGCCACAUCUCCGACGGCAGAAAACCAAAUCGUCGCAAUCAACGACAACGACAACGACAUCUUCCUCCAGGUGACAGAAAUUCAAGACCUCCUAAUCGGCUCCAGCACAUCAGACAGCCAAGCCCUGCGAGCCCGCUGCGCACCACACCCCGAAAUGAUCAAAAAAGGCAGACUCUGGUACGAAGUCUCUCUCGUCAGCCCCGCUAUCGAAGCAUUCAUGAAAACAAACACGGACGUCGAAAUCGGCGAACGCACAGAAGACUGGCGAAGCCCAGAUCUCCUGGGAAACCAUGCUACCCUCGUCGCAGACGACUACGGCAUGAGCAAUCUACGCCUCUCAUCUUCUCCCUCGUUAUCCUCGCCAUCACCUCUUCCUAAUGCAACUCCGCUCCUCAGCCCUGUCGCUUCAGCCAUCGGAACAGCCGGCCUAGGCGACCUUCUCCACCUCACCAAAACCGUCGUUGAGAAAAUCGACGGCAUAGGAUUCUGGAACUACGGCCCGGGGAUCGAAGAAGUCCAUCUAUCCGCCAUAACCGCCGCUGUCACUGGUGCCGUUCCCAGUGUUGGUGCCACGGCAGCCGGUACAGUCGUCGGAACUAACCCUGGCGUUGGUGUUGGCGCUGGUGCUGGCCCGCUUUCCCUUCCCAGUAUACCUAAACAGCCUAUUUCAUCGGCAAUAGUUCCUGCGGCGGCGCAACAGGGAAGAUUACUUGGGCUUGAUGAUUAUUUAGAUGGAGUGAAGGAGGUGGAGACUUUGGUGCCGAGUCUUGUACCGGCGAAGAGUGGUGGUGGUAUGGUUGCGUUGGGAAUGGAGAGGUCAUCGUCGACGAGCUCGGCGAGGGUUAAUGAGUUAGAUUAUUGGUGA